CAAGAUUUAAGUGACCACUUGCGCCAAAAUCAGGCUACAUCCAAUCGUGAUUCCCCAGAGCCCUCUCGCCAUGAGUUUGUUCAUCCGCGCACACAAACACCGACACCUUUUGUUCCUGACAAAGACAUUGUUGACAACAAUGAGCCACAUGGUCUAUCCUCCCCUUCUAUUUCAGCACUGAACAUGAGCUCAACCGUUCUAGUGCGAUCUGCACUCAAUCCGCCCGUUCCAAACCUACCCACACUCACCCUCUCACCACGAGACGAACCGAACGAGGAUGAGAAACAUGGCUACUAUUAUGGAAUUCCUUCGCGUCCUCUCUUAGUCGCUCGGUCCAAUACACAGCCAUGGCAGAGUCAUCCUUUUUCAUCCUCUUGGCCUUCGGCAAAGACCCUCCAAGCCGUCGAGCGCAGCCAUCCCAUCGCCGAGGCAUGGUGCUCGGGGCUUUUCAGACAAAUCAUCGAGGUUUUGAAGAAUGUUUCAUUCACAACUAUCGAUGUGGUCCGAAUUGGUUAUCUGCAAGACAAGGAACUGCCUCCGGUGGUGCUCUGGAUCGGCGUGCCAAAUAACAGUUUGUCCUCACGUGUAGGAAACGAAAUCGUCGAUGCCUGCGUUGAAAUCUUGCGACGGUACCAGCUUUUCGAUGUUCAAUGCGAGAUCAGAGAGUCGGAAUAUCGGCAGUCAGCACCGUCGCCCACAUGUUCGCCCACAUAUCUGGCACCCGAAACCGCCACCUUCGCGUCGGGUGGAUUCCCGGCCCAGCUGAUCGCCUCGCCCGGUCAGUCUAUCAAUCUCGCGGGUUCCACCGCCCACGGGUCUCUCGGCCCUUACCUCCGAGCUGGCAAAGGCAACCCGGAUGCAGAGGGCGUAUAUGCUAUUACCUGCAGGCACGCCGCCCUUCCAGGUACCGACCUCGAGGAAAACUUUGAUUGGAAGCGUGCCGGCCAGCCGCUCAAGAACAUCCUGCUUCCUUCAGACGCCACCGUUUGUCAAGAGCUAAAGGAGAUUAACAGUAGUGAGAGGAUACAUAAAGUGAAGAGACUCGAUAUUCGGGAGAAGUUGAUGGUCUGUUUGCCCGAGGAGGAGGAGAGGUUGAAACUGAGACUAGAGCGGCUCCACCACGAGACAAACCUUCGAGAAGACCGUCAACAGCUUCUGUCCGCUUGGGCGCCGAAGGAGAAUCGCGUGUUCGGCCACGUCGUGACCGCCCCCCCACUUCGGGUUGCGAAAUCUAGCGACCCAUCAGGCCUUGGAUCAAUUGUGGACUGGGCUUUGAUAAAGGUCCACCUGAAAAAACAAUCAGAUGGGAAGGUAAUGAAUUGGAUUAAUUUCAAGCCCGAUGAGACAGCGCAAGUCAACGACAUGAUGAUUCAUCAUCUUGAGCAUCAUCCAGAAUCACGAUUCGAUCUGCUUAAAGAAAGCACGCUGUGUCUUAGUCGAGCAGUUCCAGCCAAUGAGCUCCAUUUCCUCUUUAAACCAAUCGAGUUCCUACCAGAAAAGGACUUUCAGCGCAUCCUUGUGGGUAUGAAGGGCGCACACAGUGGAUUAACAUGGGGACAAGUCAAUGGGGUGAGCUCAAUCGUGUCGCACCAUGACACCAACAAAGGCACUCAAGAAACACUGUCCAUGGAAUUGUGUGUUCUUCCCUUUCUCAGAACCAACGACAAGGCCUUUUCUCAAUGUGGAGACUCUGGUUCAGCCGUUUUCGAUCUCGAGGGCAGGAUUGUUGGGAUCGUACACGGUGGCUCAGGCUCACUACAGAAAGCAUCAAAAGACGUUACAUACGUGUCUCUGAUGGCAGAUAUCCAACGGGGACUGAAUGAGCGUGGGUACAGCGUUGAGAUCGCGUAAGAGGGCAAACUAGGGGGCUACGAUUGGGCUUCAUUUUCUUUUUUUCCAGGGGAGCUGCGUGCUGGACCACAUUUUCUUGCUCUGCGACGAAAUGACUCCAUGUGUAUUCUAGGCCUAUUACAAAGAUCAUAGACUAAUGUUAUGGCG